AUUUAGAAUUGUCAAUUGCAUACGUCAUUUUGGGCAAGUUAGGUUGGUUUUGAUUUCGUAAAAUAAUCUAGUUAUCUAUUCAUUUAUUGUAUAGAAAUGACAUAUGUGGUUAUCGCUUGACUGAUAUUAAUAACAGUCAAAUUUAAUAUUUCAUUUAAAUUAAACGAAGAUGUUAUGGAGAACAAUUCUACCUAUUGUAAGAGAACGCCUUCAUGGCAGAACUGCAUUUAUUGUCCAAGUUUAUUGUUUUCUACUGCAACAGAAUUUGAAAGACAUAUUCAAGACAAACAUAGUAUAAGAGAAGGAUCCAUUAUUUUAUGUCAAUAUGGACAGAAUGGUAUAUGUUCAGCACUGCAGUUUGGAGAUUUACGUAAAGCAGGCUUCAAAUAUCAUGUGAGAGAAUAUCAUUUAUAUGCUAAAGAUACUACAGAUGAUUGGACUUUUUAUUCAUCAUCGCAAAAUCUUCCAGCAGUAUUAAAUGACCCUAAUAAAGGUAAACAGACCAACUUUUUUACUAAAACAUGGGGUGAUAAUUUUAUAGAUAAAGUAGACAUAUAUCCUAGCCCUUAUUUACCAGAAAUAACAUUGGCACAUUUUGAAACAUAUUGUAAAAAGAUUGCUAAAAGAUAUCGUAGACAUUGUAGAUUUAAAGACAAUGUAUCAGUAAAGACAAAGACACCUACAGUGGAAAAUGAUUGUGAGAUUCCAAUGAUAUUUUAUGAACAAUCAUUGCCUUUGAAUGAUCCAGAUGUAUUUAGUAAGGUUUUUCCAAGUCUUAGUAAUACAGAGGACUCUAGUACAGCUAUAAGGUCUUUACAAGAAACAUUAAGCACAUACCUUGAUGUUAUUGAAAUGAAAAUAUCUAAACAAGUUGCUUUAAAAUCUGAUGCUUUUUUCCAUGCUAUGCUAUCUCAUGAUACUAUAAUGGAACAAAUGGCCAGAGCAGCAAGGACAGUUUAUAAGACCAGACAAAAUAUUGCUCAUGUGAAAAAGAAUUUGACUGAAUGUCCCUUGAAGUUGAUAAGUUUAACUAGAAUCAAUCACAACAUGAAUAAUGUACAUGAUCUUUUGAAACUAAUGGGUACUGUCCAACAAACACAGCCAAUGAUUCAAUUGUUACUAAGCACUUCAGAUUAUGUUGCUGCGCUGGAUUUAAUUAGUUCUACACAAAAAGUAUUAUCAACACGUCUUUCAGGCAUACAAGCAUUUAGACAUUUGUCUCCACAGUUAACUGAAAUGAAACGAUUGAUUCAUAAAAUGCUUAGUAAUGAGUUUCAAAGAUUUAUAGUAGCUGAUCUAAAUCGACCUCCAGUUGACCAUACAGAUAUCCCAGAAAGAGAUAAAAUAGUAUCUAUUGUGUCAGGUAUACUCCGUUUGAAGGAAUUUGAUUUUUUAGAUACUUUCAAAAUUGAAGCAAUGACAUCAAUUCAAGCUACAAUAAAACAGUGUGUUAUAGAAAUAAUUUCAGAACGAGAUGGUAAUACAGAAAUUGUAUUAAGAGGGUCUACAGCAGACAAUACAUCACUACUAUGCAAUGAAGGUAUUGUAUUUCUUGAAAAAGUGACACCACAUUUGAUUAAUUUGUUCAAUAGAAUUUUAUCUUUAAAUAAUCUAAUUCUGGAAAUAACUCAAAUGGAAGACAUAACUGGAAAUGAAAGUGAAGAUGUCUGGACUCCUGAAGAAUUAAUAUCUAUAAAUGAAAAGUUAAAAAAGAUUAUUGUUUCUCUUUCUGACUAUUGUAAUGAACGGUGUGCUAAUUUGAUAGUUAUAAAAACAGAAAAAGACUAUGUGUUUUCAGAUUUAUCUCAGUUAUCAAAAUUGUCUCUGCUUAUUGAUGUUUUUUCUGAUGAAUGUGAAAAAAUCACUGGUCAUUACAGCAAUGCAAUGAAAUUGGCUUUGAGAAGUUUUGCUAUGAAGUAUAUUCAAAAUCUGCAUGCAGAACACAGAUCCCAAUUGACCAAUACCCUUAAUAAUGAAAGAUGGAAAACUGCUGAUGUACCAUAUGAGUUGCAAAAUGUAAUAAAUAAGAUUUGUGAGUCAGGAGAGGUACCAUCUUCACGCCAGUGUGAUUCGGAAGUAAAACCAGAUGGGAAAUUUUUAGUUAUUAAUAAAGAAAACUAUGCAGUAGUUUUCACAGUACAGCUUUUGAUUAAAAUUUUACUACAGUAUUGUGAUGCAACUAAUCAGUCUCCUGUUAUUGUCCAGUAUUUAGUUCACUGUAUGUUGGAGCUAAUCAGAUUAUUUAAUUCUCGCUGCUGCCAAUUGGUAUUAGGUGCAGGAGCAAUACAAAGUGCAGGCCUCAAGACUAUAUCUACUUCAAAUUUAGCUUUAGUAUCCAGAUCUUUACAAGUAAUAUUAUGGCUCUUACCUAUAAUAAAGGCCUUACUUGAAAAAAUACAUUCUAAAGAACUGUCACUGAAUGGAUUCUCUAAUAUUGAAAGUGAUUUAUUAAGUCAUAAACAAGAAAUAGAGAAUAAGAUUUGCAUCAUAGUGAGUAAUAUGUUAAGUUCUCAACUAUCUGGGUGGGAUGCCAAACCUCCAGUACCUUCUCAAACAUUCCGCAAUAUUUCCAAACAUUUAGUUAAAUUGCAUGAAGCAUUAAUUGAUAUUUUACCUAUUGAACAAAUAAGAACCAUUUACAAAAGAGUGCAUGAUAACUUUAAAGAUAAAUUAAGAGAACAAUUAACAAAAAUGAAUAUUGUAGCAAAUGGCAGUCCUCAGCAUGGAGUAGUCACUUCUGAAUUAACAUUUUAUUUGCAGACUCUAAAAACUCUCAGAAUUAUAAAUGAAAAUGACACUGAAGAUAAUAUACUAUAUGAUAUUUGGUUACAUUAAGAAUAAUUAUUUAAAUAAAACAAUGGAGGCUAUUUAAGCUAAUUGUACAUACUUAUUUACAUACCCAAAUGACUGCACAGUUUAUAUUAUACGACAGAGAUAAUUUAUAUGUAAAUUAAAUUAUUAUCAGAUAAUAAAUAACUAUGUACUUACUUUCAA